CGCAGGGAUUACAAUAGCCGCUGCCGCUGUCCGUGUUGCUUUACUGUGGAUUUUGGGAAGCUGAUCCCGCAGAGCAGGGGUUAUUCCCCACCGAGAGCCAUUCCUCGCCCACUAGCGAAGGGUUCGGCGCUUCUUCCCUGGGCUCUGGAUGCUAAAGCUGGGCUGGAUGGUGGGAUCUCUCUGGCGCUGAAGACGUGCAAGCCUGCCCGCAGGGACCUUUAAAUGGAUCGCCAAGCCAGCCUGAUAUCUCUCUGGCUUCAGUUAGAGCUGUGUGCCAUGGCCAUCCUACUAACCAAGGGGGAAAUCAGAUGCUACUGUGACGCUCCACACUGUGUUGCGACUGGCUACAUGUGCAAGUCGGAGCUGAAUGCCUGCUUCUCAAGGCUCCUUAACCCCCAGAACACAAACUCUCCUCUCACCCACGGCUGCUUGGACUCCCUGACCAGCACCACGGAGCUGUGCAAGGCAAACACCGAGCAGAAUCACACAGGUGCGCCGGCGCUGAGGUUGGAGUGCUGUCACGAAGAUAUGUGCAAUUACAGAGGUCUGCACGAUGUUCUGUCUCAUCCCAGGAGUGAUACAUCAGGUACAGGAGGCAGACACCAACAUGACAACACAAGGAACCUCAUCACGAAGGUCCACGAAUUGACCUCAUCCAAAGAACUGUGGUUCAGGGCAGCUGUCAUAGCCGUGCCCAUAGCUGGGGGACUGAUCCUGGUGCUCCUCAUAAUGCUUGCACUUCGAAUGCUGCGCAGCGAAAACAAAAGACUAAAAGAUCAGAGACAACAGAUGCUGUCACGGCUUCACUACAGCUUUCACGGCCACCAUUCAAAAAAGGGCCAGAUGGCCAAAUUAGACUUGGAGUGCAUGGUGCCAGUGACUGGUCACGAAAACUGCUGCCUGACCUGUGACAAACUGAGGCACACGGACCUUAGCAAUGACAAAAUCAUCUCAUUGGUCCAUUGGGGGAUGUACAGCGGACACGGCAAGCUGGAAUUUGUAUGACCGCCUUCCUGAGACAAUGGUCCAGUAGGGGGCCUUUUGGAUCCUGCUGGAUGGGAGCACUUUAUCUUUAUUUUUAAACAAAAAUGAACUGAUCCUUAGGUGGACAAAAUUGGGAUCUUUGCACAGCAAAUAUUUAAUGUUUCCUGUGUGGGGUCCAAAAAUGUCAUAUUUGCACAGAAAGAGCAACGGACUCUCUUUUAUUUGCUUAACAUUGAAAAAUGUAGAAGCUGUACACACUGUCACAAUGUGUUUUUUUUUUUGAGUUUUAGGGAGCUAAUAUUGUUAUUGAAAUAAACUGUACACAAUGUACAAAUUCCUAUAUAUGUUUAUUGUAUAGAAGGUUAUUUUUUUUUUUUUUUAAAUAUAUAUUUUUGUCUGGAA